AGGUGCUUGGUUCUCGGGCACGGCUGGUCCCAUUCCAGGCUGGGAGCUUCUGAGCUCCUCUGUGACCCCUUGAAGUCCCCGGUGGUGUCACCCAAUGCCCUGACAACCUCCCAGUUUCCAGUUUCUUUCUCUGCACCCAUUUCUAGCCACAGUUCAGGCUAGAAACCACCCCCCUCCGCCCCCCCACCGCUUCUGGAACAGCCCUGGGUUAGUUCUCGCUCUGGACCCUAUAACGCCCCUUUGGUCACUUUCUGCCGUGAAGGCCUGGCCCCGGGAGUUCCUGCAUGGAAGCCCCUCUCCGACACUGGCCAGGGCACACACUUGUGCCCCCAGGGAGUGGAAGGGCAAAUUCACAGCCACCCUCCUACGGGGUGGCUGCGGCUCAGCUUGUGAGUGUCCUCACAGUCCUUCCCGCAUGAGCAUAUUCCAGGCUUCCGGUCCUCAUGGCAACACCAAGAGAACAAGAAGUUCCAGAAUGCGGGAGGCUGGGCCUGGGUGGGUGGGCACAGGGCCAGGGCACGGGCUGCGGUGGGCUGCGUGCGGCUGGGCAUCUGCCGGCCGCGGUGAGGCCCAGCAUGGGCCUGGAGCUCUACCUGGACCUGCUGUCCGCGUCCUGCCGCGCUGUCUACAUCUUUGCCAGGAAGAAUAGCAUCCCCUUCGACUUCCAGUUUGUGGAUUUGCUGAAAGGUCAACACCACAGCAGGGAGUACAUCGAGAUCAACCCCCUGAGGAAGCUGCCCAGCCUCAGAGACGGGAAAUUCAUCUUGUCUGAAAGCGUGGCCAUCCUUUUCUACCUGUGCCGCAAGUACAGUGCCCCCUCGCACUGGUACCCGCCAGACCUGCACAUGCGCGCCCGUGUGGACGAGUUCAUGGCCUGGCAGCACACGGCCAUUCAGCUGCCCAUGAAUAAGAUACUCUGGAUGAAGCUGCUGAUCCCGAUGAUCACGGGUGAUGAGGUCCCAGCUGAGAAGACGGAGCAGAUGCUGGCAGAGGUGAAGAACAACCUGAAGCUCUUCGAGGAAAAGUUUCUGCAGGACAAGAUGUUCAUCACUGGGGACAACAUCUCCCUGGCUGACCUGGUAGCCCUGGUGGAGAUGAUGCAGCCCACGGCCGGCAACCAUAACGUCUUCCUCAACAGUGCCAAGCUGGCCGAGUGGCGCAUGAGGGUGGAGCUGGCCAUCGGCUCCAGCCUCUUCUGCGAGGCCCACGACCGGCUGGUGAAGCUGGCAGAAUGGGACUGCUCCACGCUGGACCCGAUGGUCAAGGAGAGGAUCUGCGAUUUGCUGCAGAAGUUCAAAUAGAGGCGCCCGCCCCGCGGGCCUGGCCGCUCAGCCCCGGGGACCCCUCCUUAAGGGAGACGCUGAGAUUCACUGCUGCUUUGCCUAAUAAAGAACUGAAACAAC